AUGAAUUUUAAAGACAUAGAUGAGAUUUCUUGUUUGGAGGCCUACAUAACUUUGCCAUCUGAGAGCUCAAGAUUUGCUGAUGAAACAGAGAUUUUAAAGAUGUCACAAAGACACUCAGGUCAAGCUAGCAUGGGAGCAGGAAAUGAGAUGGACUCUCCUACUGUCAAUUUCAAGUACUGCAACUUCAAAGAUUUUUGUUCUGUAUCUUCAUUUCAAGAUAGUGCCUAUGAUGAGUUAAGAUCUUCCAGCUUUGAUAACACAGAUGAGGAAUUUUUUGGAAAUAAAGAUACAGGCCGAACAUUGAUCCGUGAGUACCCUGAAACUUCACGCCUGAUCUUACCAUAUCCUUCAGAGUCUCUCACUCCACAAAAGAGAUCUGUCUUCCCUAGGAAGGAAAAGGAUAGAAGCCCAGAACUUUGUGAAACUCCUAAAAUCAGUGGGAAAAAAUGUUUACCACGCAGAAGGUUGAAUGUAUCUUUCUCUUGUCUAAAGGGGGACUCUGAAUCACAGAAUAGUUCUCUAGAAACUGGUGUAAGUCAAGCUCAAAAUUUAGAAAAAAAUAUUAUAAGCAGUGCUUCAGGUUUUCCAAGGCAAAAUAAUUUUAGCUCUUUAGUUACGAGUACUUUAAAAACAGAAGACGUGACUUUGAGCAGUCAAAAACUGAGACUUAAUUUUUCUCAACAGAAGACUUCCACAGUUGAUAAUUCCCAAGAUGACUGUAAUCUAUUUGAAGUUGAAUGUAUAUCUCCAAUUCAGGGCAAUAAUUUUAAAGACUCUGUCAUACAUGACUUUAGCGAUAGCAGUUUAUGCAUUAAUGAUGAGAAUACAUACCCUGAACUGGGCUCCUCUAUUAGUGGAACAACUUGUGGAACAGAUGAAGACAUAUUUGUGACUCCAAUAAGUAAUCUUGUAGCAAAUAUUAAAUUUAAUGCAAGUCAAACACCUUCUUCAACUGAAGUAAGAGGCAAUAUUUCAACUCCUGAAGACAGUGGUUUUAACUCCCUUAGCUUGGAUAAAUCAGAAGAUUCCCUCUCUGACCAAGAAGGUUCUAUUCAAGAACUAGUUCAAAAACAUAAGGGAACUCUCAAAGUCGGGGACACCAUAAGAAAGGCAAGGCGUCUUGGAAGGACAAGAAGAUUGUCUACCCUUCGGGAGCAAGGCUCACAGUCAGAGACAGAAGAGGAAGAGCAGAGCAUUCACUCCAACUCUGAACCAAGACUAGCAGCUGCUUUUGACAUAUCAGACAGUCCACUGGGCAGUGAUAAAAGUGGGGAUUUGACUCUAAGCUUUAAGAAUUUAUCAAAGACCCCUGCCUUGCAAUUAGUGCAUGAGCUCUUUAUGAAAAGUAAAAGGAAAAGAUUUCAGCAAAACAGUGCACACGAAUUCUCAGAAGAAAAGGAUGGGGGCAAAAUAGCUAUACUGCAGUGUUUACUUGCAGGACUGAUUGGCAAGAAAAUGGGUAUAGAAAAGCUAGACAUCUUAACAGAAUUAAAAUACAGAAAUUUGCGGCAUAUUCUUGCUAUGGUUUUAGAUUCCUUGACUGCAGAAAGCCUAUGCAGUGUUUGGAAAGUAAGCAGAAAUUGGCGUGAAAUUGUUAUUCAAGAUAAGAGAGCAAAUCGGAGGAGGAAAUUUUACAUUAUACAACUGAAAACAGAUUCUGAGGGGACUGUAUUAAAUGUCGAGGAUGCUGCCACUCGGCUCCAUCUUUUAAAUCGCUCAGCUUUAAGAUCUGUACAAGCACAGGCUAGGCCAUCCAGUUCUCAGAAAGAGCAAGUGUCAACGUUAUCUCCCUGGGGAGAAGUUUUGACACCUCUAGCAAGCUCUUCUGUCACUCCCUUAAGUAGUAAACAGGAAGAGUAUGUGAAGGUCGCCAAAACACUUUUUAUUGACGAAGCAAUAAAACCUUGCCCAAGGUGCCAAUCCCCUGCUAAGUACCAGCCGUAUAAGAAAAGGGGACUGUGUAGCCGCACAGCCUGUGGUUUUGACUUUUGUGUGUUAUGUUUGUGUGCUUAUCAUGGGUCUGAAGAAUGUAGUAGAGGAGCAGCAAAGCCAAGGAAUAGAAAAGAUGCUCUCCCAGGAAGUGCCCAGAGUAAGCGGAAUUUAAAACGCCUCUAA